CAGUAUGUAGCAUGGCUUUCCGUUAUAUUCCAGGUUUGUUUCGUUCAUCCUACCUAGAUAAUCUAGGUACCUAUCGAAAGGCAGCCUAUUUCUGGUAUAUUUUCCAUCCAUAAACCAAUUAUAAUAUUCAGUCUGAAGCUGUAUCCAUCAUGGGGAGUUCCAGUCCGCCUCAGUUACAGCAGAUCCAUUUUGGGGUCGGCCCUCGCGGAUACGAGCCUGUAACGCACCACAAAGCCAAGCCAGGCACGUAUAUACGGGAACAUGAUGAUUAUCAAGCCGCUAUUUCAUCUCUGUGUCCCUUUGAUGUAUGGCCUAGAGGCUCCUAUCGUUUAUAUUGCCCUCGGCCAAUACUUGUCGGCAAACAGCAUCUGGAACAGUUAUCGGAAUUGCACCAGGCGUUGUCUAUUGCAAUUGUUGAUAUUGUUGGAAGGUGGUGGACUGACGAACAAGCAGAAUUCCCUAAGCGCAUGCCUUUGGAAAAGCAAGAGGAGGAUUUCUUACAAUGGAUAGAAUCCCAAGUUUCCCACGGAGAUUUUCCACCUUACUCUGCAUGCCAGGGAUCGUGGAGACCAGAUUUCAUGAUUGAGGAAGAUGAGAGUCAUCCUCAAAAUGGGAUGGUGGAGAAAUUCCGAAUCACGGAAAUCAAUGCCCGCUUCUCGUUCAAUGGGUUCAUGCAUGCAGCGUACGGUCAAAGAGCUCUAGAAGACAUGGGUAUCCAAACUAAGGGGUUGAUCAGUGCAGUAGAUUCAGACAAGCUCUUGGACGGCGUAUUCAGUUUCGCUACACCGGAUGAUCCUCUGCAUCUUCUUAUGGGAGAAGAGGUUGGAUUUGAUAUACAUUUAUUUGUAGAUGCCGCUAAGCGUCGUCGAGAUGCCAUAACACGAGUGAUCCACCCUUCAGACCUAAGACUAGUGCCUGAUCCAAAGACGAAAGAAGGCUAUCUUCUCUGCUGCAUUAUCAAGAACAACGACAACGUCUAUGAUCUUGCCCAAUCUUCCAUUCUUACAACAUCCAGCGGGGAGACGGUUGAAGAGAUCAAGCAAGUUGGCCUCGAACUCUUCCAGAGUGAGUUGAUCUCUCUGGAACCAGAGAUGCUACGCCAGAUCAGUCGACGAUGUUUUAACGACAUGAGGACUAUCUUCUUGAUCCACGACAAGCGCAUGCUGGCCAUCGUGAAACAAGAGCUGGAGCCAUUAGUAACACAGGGAGUAUUGACGUCGGCGCAAGCAAAAAUUCUAGACGAAGGAAUCCCACACACAAUACUUCCUGGAUCCCAGGAGCUAGAGCAGCUUCUUCAGCUUUCCAGUCUCUCGCCCAAAAUGAAAGAUGACUAUAUCAUAAAACCAGUACGGGAUGGUAAGGGUGCUGGGAUCGUAUUUGGCGAGGAUCUCACGCCUGAUGAGUGGAUAUCUGCUUUGGGACACCUACGAUCUCCUGGUUUAAUCUCAGGAACCAACGGCAUUGUACAGCGUCGAAUAAUACCUCGAUUGUAUGAUGUGAUAUUAAGGACAUCAGGGGAAAGGCUGCGAUACCCGCUUGUUGGUACAUAUCACUCUAUUAACGGAAAGUUCAUUGGUCUGGGUGUUUGGCGUUCUAAUAACGAUCGAAUAUGUGCGAUCGACAGUGCAGGCUCUUGCUUGUCUUCUGUCAUUGAUGCCGGCGAUACUCACUAGGUAGGUAGGUACUAGGUAGGUACGUAGUCAUAAGGCAUUGGGGGCUACAGUUGCCUAAAGCAAUGAAAACAGAGACUUCC